ACGAAGAAGAAGAACUUCUUGUCCGCUUCGGAGAGGCUCGCAGUUGUAACUUCAGUGACCAUGGACGUCCAACAUGAAAUAAAGCUGCUUGUGGAGGAAAUUCAGCGUCUUGGCAGUAAAAAUGCUGAUGGAAAGACGAGUGUAAAGUUUGGCGUCUUGUUCAGUGAUGACAGAUGUGCCAAUAUCUUCGAGGCGUUGGUGGGCACUCUGAGGGCAGCCAAGAAGAAGAAGGUGGUGACAUUCCAGGGGGAGCUGCUGCUGCAAGGAGUUCAUGAUGACGUUGACGUCAUCCUGCUCCAAGAGUGAGACCAAUAUAAAAAAUGGCGCCAAGUAGAUCUCGAUCAUGUGAAAUUCUUCCAAAUACUUCAAGCAAUUGAUUGUGCUUUUGAAGUGCAUCGGGUGGACCCAAAACCAAGCCAUAUUAUCAUAUUUUCUGACAAAUUGAGAUGCUGUAAUGCUUGGACAAAACUUAAGUACAUAUAUUGGUUGUAAGUUUUACAUAAUUGUAGUUUCAUUGUAGUCUUGGUUGAAGUUCAAAUUUAACGGUUGUUUGUAUUUGAAAUUGCAGCCAUUGUGGAUUUUGUACAUUUUUGUCUAUCUUGCUUAUUGUAUGAGGCUGUGACCGCCGAGCAGAUUUAACCUGCUCGGCGGUCACAGCCUCAUACAGUUAUGGGUCCAAUUUACAUGACUGCAUUUAUUGGUGAUUUCACUGCACCAGAAAAGCUCAAACAAUUGUCGGGGGAAAAAAGAUAUUUGAGAAUAUUUCAGGGUAUGUUUUUGAAACGGAUCUCAUGUGCACAAAUAGGGUUGUCGUGGAUGAAUUUAAGCUUGAAAUUGUUUGGUGGCCAUCACAGAACUUGUUACUCAGUUCAAUUUCCAUCUGAGCCAUGUUAGUUCUUGGGUUGGGAUUUAGGGACCGAGAAGCAGCUGUAGGUGAAUUUUCAGAAGAUGUCACUAUCAGAUACUACCAUUCCAACCAUUUUGUCACAAAUGUCAUUUUAUCGACUGUUAAGUCUAUAAAUGCGUAGGCCAGGAAUGUAAGAUUUUGUUCCAACGUAUUCGUUAGGAUAAUUUGUGAUGUUUUUUUAUGUCUUUGGUCAUUAUUGAAAAUGUGCCAUGGUUAUUUGACGCGAAUGCUUUUCUCAUGGUUUGGCCGCCUGUUCUGAUGUGUAAUGUUUUGGAUCAACGCUGAACGCACAGUGCAAAAAUUAGAUUCAAUGUAGGAUUAAGUAGUGUGACGUUAGAUUUAAUAGUUUAGAAAUUAGAGGUAGGAACCCUUAAUUUUAGUCAUCUUUGAAGGGUUUUUUUUAGCAAUCACAUCUUGAAAAUUUGCUUAAAACUUGUUCUUCAAUGGAUAGCUGGAUAUUCUAGCACGGGGGUCGAUCAUUAGUGCUGUUAAGUGGUAAUUCCAUCUACUGUUUACAUUGGUCAUUUUUACUACCUCUUGAGGACUUUCUAAUGUGGCAUUUUGACAGCGGUUACUUUCCAAAUCAAAACACGGUUCCUUAAUGAAUAAUUUCCAGUUACAAUACAAGUAUAAAUCAGGAAUGACUUUUGCACAUUUCAAUUUUGUAUUCAUGCAAUUGUUCUCAGACUAGUUUGUGUUCUGUCUUUUUAUAUGCCUGCAGCAGUGUUGUUUAUCUACAACUGACGCUGCAGAAUUUGCCUUCGUAAUGACAAAGAACGUGGUGUUGGUAAAAUUACGGCAAUUGAGUUUCAUGUGCAAUUCUUAUUAAACCAUAGCACGACUGAUGCCAAAUGUUGGAAAUGGAAAUGUUGAUGUUGAAGUUUGAUGUCUCUCAGGACCUCUUCUCUUCCAUAGGCCUGUGUUUUGUUGGGCAAAUUACAUAUUCAUGUCAUUUUUAAAAAAUAUCCAUUGAUUACCUUAUUUUUA